AUGGACCGCUCGCCCCUCUUAAAGCGGUCGGGCCUGUUUCUCAUCAAUCUCCUCCCUCUCGUCCAAACGCAGCUCGAGGAAAGCAUAAGUGGAGCAGGCAGCAGUCAUCAGUUGAGUUCAGAACAGAAAGGUGCCUCAGGAACUCCGGGGGAAGAAGAGCAGGCAAAUUAUGCUGUGGUUGAGGGAAGUAGAACGCAAGAUGGUAGGCGUUUAAUGCUCAGAAGAGACUUUUCCAGCAAUGACAUAUUUGUUUUAUAUCUUGAUACAAUGCCAUCUUGGGAUAGAAAACCAUAUGUAUUGCCCGCAGCUGCUCAGCACAUGCACUUCUCCACGAAAAAGCAAAAAGAAUCGAAGGAUAAGCACAAGGGGGAUCAAGAUAAGAAGACUGACGAUGAAUCAGGCACAGCUAGCGGCGACACCGAAGCAGCUUCAGAACCAUCGAACACUAGCAGCUCCAGAGGCAAGCCCAAGAAAAGGUCCAAGGAUAAGGAAGAGGGCUCAAACUCCGAGGAGUCGAGUGGUACAACUCUAAAGACAGAAUGCAGCCAGAGCAGCGAGCAAUCGUCGUCAACACUACAUGCCGAUAAGGCGAAGAAGCACCACAAGUCAAAACACAGCAAAGAUAAGGAAGCCGACAGCCAAGAAGCACGGGAAACUGCCAAUAACGAAGCACCUGAAACAGAAGCUGCGGGCGGCGCUGACUCGGGAGACGCGGGUGAAAAAAAGAAAAAGAAAAGCAAGUCUAAAGCAAAAGAACACGCCAAAGAAGACGAAGGCACAGAAACAAAGUCUGACGCCAAGAAGAAGAAAAAGAAAUCACCAGAUGGGGAGAUUUUGGCUGACGGGCAGUCCGAGGAACUGUCAAAAGAAGAGACAAAGAAAAAGGGAAAACACGCGGAUAAAAUAGAUUCCGGCACUCAGGACAGUAGCAAAGCUGCCUCAGAGAAAUCGGAGGAUAGCAAGAAGGAAAAGGCCACGGCUAAAGAAAUUGACGAAAAACUGGAAGGGACCGCAGGUGAGUCUGGCAGCACCGAGGAAAAGAAAAAGAAAAAGAAAAAGGAAGAAACAAAAGACAUUGCCUUGCCUCACGAAGGAAGUGAAAGAGACUUAGAAACAACAGACGCUAAGAAAAAAAAGAAAAAGGAUAAGAGCGACGACAAAAAGGGGGCCGUGGAGACACCUGAGGGACAUGACGACGCGUCAGGUGCUGCAGAUGGCAAGAAGAAGAAGAAAAAGGAUAAGAGUGACGACAAAAAAGAGGCAUUGGAAACACACAAGGGACGUGACGACAUAUCAGUUGCUGCAGAUGCCAAGAAAAAAAAGAAAAAGAGCGACGACAAAAAGGAGGAGGAGGAGACGCAUGAGGGGCAUGACGACGCGUCAGGUGCUCCAGAUGGCAAGAAGAAGAAGAAAAAGGAUAAGAGCGACGAGCACGAUGCUACAGGAGAAAAUAAGGAAGCCGCUACAGAAGACAAUAAAGGAGACAAGUCAAAGAAGAAGUCAAAAAAGGAAAAAAAAGACUCAUCAAGCGAUGGCUCGAAUGAAACAGGGGACAAGCACAAAUCUAAAGGCAACCCUCUUGCAAACUGCUCCAAUCAUCCUGUCGUUCCAGUCACAAGGAACUACGAUUUGACCUUCCCCGUGGGAGCAAAACAAACUCAAAGGCUUUCGUAUCAAAAUCCUAGCGACGUCGGUCUGAGCAUCACUAUUGUUUCAUCGGACGAAAACGUCAUGACACCGAAGAAACCGGAAAUGGCGCUGGGCCCUGGAGAGAGCGUGAAAAUCCCCGUGGCAUUCCAAGAGGUCGCUGAGGCAUGCGAAAAGACGGUGUACCUGUACAUGCUGCAAAAGGAGUCCGAGCAGAUAAUGUAA